UUGCGAGCCAGUUGAAAAGGCCAGGUAGAUCCAGUCGUCCGUCCGUCCGGCAUCACGUUCGGAGUGUCCGUGACGUAGUGCGGAGCGGAGCGUUGUAUGCGACGACGACGACGGUGGCGAUCGAUCGACGCGAUAUUACCGCUGCUAGGUAGGUUGUGAUCCGCGCAUGGCAGGAUCCGCCGUUGUUUUUCAAUCGUGAGGACCUACCUGAACCCGGCCGACGUGUGUCGACGGGGGCCGCGAUGAUGGCCGCCGCCUAACAGUGUCGAGGACCGAGGAUCCUCGGUCGUGCGCGCGCGAUGCCCAGGCGGUCGUCGUCGUCCUUGAAGAGAGUGCCCGCCGAGAGUGCUCGAGUGGAGGCUUCACAUGCGAGUGUCCUGAGGCUGAGAUAUCCGAGUGUUUCGGUGGUGCUUCGGCGAACGUGCCUGUUUGCAUGAACGUCGUGGUUCUUCUAGAACAGUUUUGGUUUUUAGGUCUCGUUGCAAAAGCACAGUGCUCGGUGAUGACGAAGAUGACUGUUGAAGAUUCGAGUAGUGAGGAAAAGGAGUGACGACGGCAACGUUCGCGUAUCGUUUUUCACAUAUCGCAGUAGGAAGGGAGAGAACUUCGUUAGAAAUUUAUAAAUUAUUCCGAGCGAUAAAAUAAAACAGAUCUCGGUGAAUCACCGGUAGGCUGAGUGGUAUUUCUCGGGAAUAUUUUGAGAAAUUCGAAAGUCCUGUCCGGGGGGACUUUAGAGGACCGUGACGAGUCGGUAGGCGGUUUAAGAGUUAUUUUUUCUAGAAAAACCGUUUACGGAUAUUUUUCUUCACUUUGAAGAAGAGCGUGUGCGACGUCCUUCACGUAUUAGUCGUAAGUUGGACGAUUCCGAAAAUUACCCUAUGAAGUAGGGUUCUAAAUUACUCGCACUUCUAAAUUACUCGAGACGGACAAGGUGAUGAGAAACUUGCCGUCGGUCCCGCUCGAUUACCAGAACAGCACCGAGUGAUGUAUUAUCGAGGACAUUUCGAGAAAUUGGAAAGUUGUUUUUCACCGACCUUCAGAAAUCCGUAAUGAAUCCGUGGACGGUUCGGAGCCUACAAAGACCGUCAAGUUCAUGAGGAACACGCUUUUCUUCGCUUUGAAAAGAGAUCGACGCCCGCGCGUCUCAUUCUUCAGGUCAAUCAAGUCGCAAAGUGAAUGCUAAUGGGAAUUUCCGCAUGAAAGUGUUUCGAAUUUCUAAAUUAUCCAACGACAGGGUGACGAUAAAAAGAUUAUUGAUUUAUUUGGGUCACCGAAACAACCAGAUAACGAUACCUGCAAAAGUAUCGUCAAGGGGAUCAGCCCUUUCGGGCAUUUCCCUCGGGACAAUUUCUCUUAGACCCCAGGCGGAAUGUUUAAGGGAUACUCUCGAAAACACUUAAAAGACUCUUUAAAAACUUAAAAGACGUCCUAUUUUUUUCAGAAAUCCUUCGGAAAUUCUUCGGACGUUUUUAAGAGAUCUUUCGAAAAUCCGUUCCACCUGGGAUCCUGAGAUCCGAAUCAUCGGGUCCUCGGACGAAUGUCUGUGAUGAAUGGCAUUCGAAGUUUACCCAAAUUUACCUGUUGUUCUUCCUUCGCUCUAAAGAGAGAGAGAGAGAGAGAGAAAAGUAGUCAGAGCGCGCCGACGAAUCGCACGUAACGGAGAAUCCUGGCCUCGAAGGUCCGUUACCUUCCGAAGAAAGCGGAGGUAGGCGAGCGAGCGAGCGUGGCAGAAGAAGCGGCGGCAGCGGCGAUCCUGUCAGUUCCAACGAUACCUCCGUGGUAGUUACGAAAGCGCGGCCAGCCGUCGACGACCAGCGACGACGACGAGCGCGGAGAAGCGGAGAAUUACGAAACCGUCCUCCCCGUCGUCCCGCUAAUAAAACUCGCUAACGCGACUCGUCGAGCGACUCGAUAUAUAUCGGAUAUGUCAUAUCUGGAAUUAGCGCGAGACACGUUCGAUCGCGAAGGGAUCAGUGAGUGAGUGAAUAGUGUGUGUGUGUGUGUGUUACGGUGCGUAAAUCGCGACUACACACACAGUGUGUGUGCGCGCGCGUUCGUGUGUAUCCUGAGAGAGGACGAUUAUUCAGCCGAGUCCCGUGGAAUUCCGCGUUCUCCCACGACGUGGUGCGCGCUUCGACGGAGGUCCCGUAUGCGGCAAGGAGACGCAGGAAGAGGAGGAGGAAGACGAGGACGAGGUGGAGAAAGAGGAGGAGGAUAACGAGGUCGUCGUCGUUAUUGCGGGAAGCGCGAAGGAUCUCGGGCGGGGAGGAUCCGUGCGAGGAACCGUCCUCUUGACAUCCGUCUCGAAACGGUCCGUCCGAGUGAGAAGGUCCCGAUAGGCAGGUGGAAAUCCUCUCCGGAGGAUCGAGAAGAGGACACGUGGUAGCGGUGGAAAUUGAAGCGGGUUACCGUCGAGGAGGAGAAUCCCCGGAGGAAUCUCUCUCUCUCUCUCUCUUUCUCUUUCUAAUAUCCGCAACGAGCCGGCGGGAUAAAAUCAGGAUAUAAUCAGGAGGAAGUUUCACACCGGGAAAGCGACGGAGGGGAAGAGGCGAUCGAGAAGGAGGCGGAUCAUCAAUCACGGUCCACCAUCGAUCCGGAUGAGUGUCGUCGCCGCCGAGCGCUUCUUCGUGGCCGCCGCUAAGCCCGUCGUCGCUAAGAAACGGGAAGCGGAACGCGCGGCGACGAUGGCGGCCGCCGGCAGGUACGCCGUCACGGAGAUGCGCCACUCUCGGAGCGAGGACCUGCUGGGCUGCGCGAUACCGGGCACCAGGUCGCCGAGCCCGAGCGCCGCCGGCCAUCUGCCGGCCACCGCGUCCGAGGACGAUCUGAUCGCGAGCAGUGCUCUUCGAGACGUGGACGGCGGGGAUGGUGACAGCGGCGGCGCAGUCGCCGCCGGGAGGUCGUCACGGCCCAUCAUCCUGUCGCCGCCGAGGACCACCGGCGGCCUCCUCGCCGACCGCAUCGACCCGGAGGACUCCAUCCGCGACAUCGUCACCGAGAACGAUCUCUACAGGUUCGUCCUCUUCAAGCGGCACUAUGACAAGUACGUGGCGCUCUCCGCGAAGUACGAGGAGGCGAAGGAUAUCGCUUACUACCUGGAGGAGCGCUAUCACGAAGUCAAGGCCGAGAGGGACAAGUUGGAGGAGGCUCGCAGGCUGCUGGACAAGCGGCUGGAGGGCUGCGAGGCGGAACUGCGCACCAAGGAGGACGAGCUGUUCCUGCAGCUGGAGAAGAAUCUGCGACUGGAGGAGGAGGUCGAGCGGAUCAAGUACGAGAGGGACAGCUGCCUGGAGGCGCGAAAACGGCUGGAUCAGGAGCAGCAGUCGGCCCUGCGUCGUCUGCACAUGCAGCUGGACCAGAACGAGAUUACCAGGCGGAGCCUUGAGAGAGCGCGCCUCGACGUCGUCAGGCAGGCCAACAUUAUCCGCGAGGAGAAGGACGCUUUGGAGAGAGAGAACAAGUCGCUGAGGGAGAAGCUCAGGAUUGAGCAGAACGAGCGAGGAGCCGAACUACGCCGUCGCGAAGAAGGCGUCGCCGCGCUGACCAGGGAGACCGUCACGCUGAGGCAUGCGGCGCGUCACCUCCGCGCCGUCACGCUCCACGCGACGUCCUGUCGGAGUCGCCGCCGAUGUUCCAUCUGCCUCUACGCCAGGCGCACCUUCGCCGAGGUGGACGACUGCCGCGACGAUGGGAAUAUCUUCAAGUGCCUUCAAGCGCCCUUACAAGAUCUUCGCAGUUGGUUUCGGCCCUGCUCGACACUGGCUGGCUCAUCUCAGGGUCUGCGAACGAACUCGCUCGUAACCGAUCAAGGAAUCGGCUACGUCGACGACUCCAGCGUUGACAGCAGCGGUAGCAGCAGUAGCAGCAGCAGCAGCAACAGCAGCAAUAGUAACAGUAGCAGCACCAGCAGCAGCACCAACAGCGUUUCCGACGACGAAGCGUGUCCUAGGACCCCGGUAGCCGAACAUUCUGUUUCGCUGACCACUUCCACCGCGCCGCCUACGGUCCGAGCUUUCUCCUCGGAUUCGGGCUUCUCGUCGGAAAUCGGAGACCGCAGGUCGCAAUAUUUCGAGAAUGUCAGCAGCAGCACGAGCAGCGGCAGCGACAAAAGCAGGAAGAUCAGCGACUCACUGGACUGUAAUGAGGGCGACGAGAGAAUCGCGGGGGGUAGCGGAUUCAGCCGGGGCACCAAGUGGACGUCCUCCUUGCGCAGGCUGCUCGGCCGGAAGUCGAAGAGCAAGUCCGAUUGCUCCUCGCGAACGAGUAAGACUGAUAAGCCGCGAUAAACGGUGCUUGAUGAUUUGAUAUGAAGUGCUCGUCGCUGCGGACGCGUCGAUCCCCGUCCUCUCUCUCUUUGUUCGCGACGACGGCACAGUGGUUCGAAAGUAAGAAGUUCGUCUGGCCAAAACUUGGAAUCUCGGUAAAGGCUCUAGCCAGAUCAACUAUAUUUUUUUCGAAAACAAAGCCGGUGCCACCGUUUCAGUGCGUUACGGUGCUGACCGACGUUUUUUUGACCCGAAACGGAUGAUUUGAACUUGAACGAUGUUUAUUUCCAGCAGAACGGCGCACAAAUAGCGAAACAAUCGCGUUAUUGCGUGAAAAGUUCCUUUUUCAUAAACUUUUUCUAUAAAACUUUGCUUUCCUGAUCAUUUAAAAUGAAACGUUUUUUUGUUUUUGGAAAACCCUGUAGAUGUGAUUAAUGUCACUUAUCUUUGAGCGGGCAAUAUUUUUAUCUCACAUUUACCGAUGAGUAAUGAAAAAUAAUAAGUGAUAACAAUUUGCGAGAUUAUUUGACUAUAAGACAUGAUGAAACUGUAUUUGCACCAACUUGAGGUGAGACUUUGAGAAGUGAGUUUUGGCCAAGACAGUAUUGAUUUCAGACCACUGUGCGGCGCGCUGCGAAAAGGAUUCAAGGCGAAUCCUUCGCAGACCGGAGUGAAAUCCUCCCGCGGUGAGAGACUCGUCUGGAGGAGAAAUCGCAGGGUUUGCGCAAUGAUUCCGAAUGAUCGGAAUACAUCAGAAACACCGGAGGAUUUAGGGAUUUAGGGAUUUCCUGGAAUUUCCGAGAGAGCGACGGCGCACCUCGGGGCUCGUUUUCUCCGGUGAGCGUUCGAUCGCAAGGCACAGCGAAGUAGAGUGAAUCCGGGUGCGAAACCGCGCGGACAUCUCGGGAAAAUGUUAGAGAGAAAGCGCGCAACUUCUUUCCCUAUCUUCUUCUUUCGCUCGUGACGUUACACCGUAACGUGUCUUUUGUACUUAUUGCGACGGCAAGGUAGCGGUAAAUGAAGUAGAAGUUGCAUUCCCCGCUCCGGAAUCCAGAAGCCCUAAGCGUAGAUCCCGAUCGGUGUAGGAUCUGAAUUUCGCGCGAGUUAAAGUAUCGUAAUCAUAGUAAAAGAAGAGAGGGAGUCAAGAUCACUAGAAGCGCGAUCGUGUGAUCGAACUUUCUAGAUAUUUAUUAGGGAAUUACGCAUUAGACAGAUGUAAGGCUCCGAGUUUAAAAGAAAUGUAAAGAAAAUGAUGUAAUCCUGGGGAAUCAAUUCGAGUCAUGCGAUGCGAAUAGUUAUUGUUUGUAUCUCCAGAGUUUUUUGCGUCGUUAAUUUUUACUGUUAUUAUUAUUACAAUGAGAUUGUUGUUCUAUUUAGCCAAAGAGUAAAGAAGUAGACGGUAAGACGAAGCUACGAGCGGGGAUCAGAUAGAAUUAUCACUAAAAGUUCUCGGGAGGUCGGGAAGAUGAAGAAUCGGAAAUAAGUUCUCACUUCGCUGACGUUCUAUCGAUCGACAGGUCGGUUUCUUAAUGCAAUCUUCAAAUAAGCGUGUGGUGAUAGCAAUUGGACCAAAUUGUUCACACAGCACAAAUCCGUCGCGACGACGUGAAAAUGUAAAAAAAAUUUACCAUAGAUAUUGUAAUUGGAAUGAAAAUAUAUACAUGAGAUAUAAAGAAAUAGAGAGAGAGAGAGAGAUCGUAUGUGUGUGUUUGUGUGUGUGCUCAUUUUAAUAUCUUUCGAGUACAACAUUUCUGCGGAAAGUAUAACUUGGCAUCAUAGAUAAAAAUUAAGGUUCGAGAAAAUUUCCAAUUUCAGAUACCCAUCCGAGAAAUCGGGUGGAUCACAAUUUCCAAGAUUACACCGAAAAAACUCGCGAAUUCAUCAUUCUCCUUACUUUUUAUUAUCUGUUAUCCGUUAUAUGCAGAGUAGAUUAACUUUUCGACUU